UCGAUCUUAGUAAGAGAAUCGUUACAGCUCUACUAGAUUCCAGUCCUUAUAGUUGGCAAGAAAAAGAACAGAAAAAAAAAAGAAGAGAAAAUGGCCAUGUCACCAACUAAAUCGAGUGGGAAGGCCGCGAAAAAGGCUGGAAAAGCUCAAAAAAGUGUUCUAAAUAAGAGUGGUGAUAAGACUAAACGAUCAAAGAAGAGGAAGGAGAGUUACGCAAUCUACAUCUAUAAAGUACUGAAACAGGUCCAUCCUGACACAGGAAUUUCGUCUAAAGCGAUGACCAUCAUGAACAGUUUCGUGAAUGAUAUUUUCGAACGUAUCGCCGGCGAGUCCUCACGUUUAGCUCACUACAAUAAACGUUCGACCAUUACCAGCCGCGAGAUUCAAACUGCAGUCAGACUACUUUUGCCCGGCGAGUUGGCCAAGCACGCCGUUUCAGAAGGCACUAAAGCUGUUACAAAGUACACCAGCUCGAAGUGAAAAUGCUUGACCGAGUGGGUCGAUUCGGUAGACUGCAAUGUUAUUUUUAUCAGACUUUUCUUUUUACUUCUUCCAAAUAUCUACUUCAAUCAUAGCUGCAUUCAUUCUUCACGAUGUCGAUAAGGGAUGGAAAAACGCGAUUUCUAUUCGUCGGUUCAACAAUUCUGUGACUUGUAAUAUAAACUAGAAUGUGAUCAUUCUUGCUCCAUACAUACCUUUUUGGUGGGAUGAAAAUCUGGUCAUGAAUACAUUUCUUAAUUUCAUA